AAUUUGUUCAAAAAAUUAAUAAAUCGCAUAGAUCUUUUAAUCCAAACAAGCGGUCGAUAACUAUUGUACCCAUGCCAGUUUUGACAGUCGAAAGUUCUUUGUUGCCGCCUUCACCGUCUCCACCUCAACAACACGUGAAAAACACUUUUCCCCCAUUUAAUGCUAAUGCUCUUACGCCAGCUCAACAAGAUUCACAAAAUACUUCCGUUGCAUGCCUCAAUCCUGAGUUCCAAUCACCAUUUAAUGCCCUUACGUCAUCUCAAGCAUCGUGUCCUUUCUCCGAAAACUCCUAUUGUAAUCUUCCACUAUUUAAUCCAUUUACGUCAUCUCAAACAUUGAGUACUUUCUCUGGAAACCCUCAUUAUUGUAAUCCUCCAAGUAUUUCACCUUGUAUGUUUGAUCCUUCCUUUGGUGCAGCCAAUGAUACUAUUCAGAAUACUUCAUACUAUCCCAUGAUGUCAUCUGAACACAUGUUCGAUAUGUCCACCAAUAAUAAUGCGCACUACAAUCCAACUAUGACUAUCGACAAUAACGGUAGCGCCAACUAUGACUAUCGGCAAUAG